AUGGCCAUCGCGGCCGCCAAGUCAGAUCCGGCGCGGCCCCCAGCCGGUACUGCAUGGCCUCUGUCCGGCAGAUUGGACAUGACCCGCCGAGCAUGGCGUCGUCAGGUUCCAAUUCGAAGCCUUGUCGUUGGCACCUACGCUGUCCGGAAUGGAAGACGGCCGGAAGGGUUCGCGGGACGAAGCGGCGGACGAGACAUGGAGAUGCGGACGAGGGCGUGCUCGGCGGCGGUGACGCUCGCUCACGGUAGCCGCAUGCACACUACCCGUUCUUUUGUCUCGAAAGGCGACGGACGGAUGGAAGGCCAAGACGUUGGUCCGUGGCUUCACGGCCGAGGGCGCCUGGGCGGCUGGGGCAAGGCCAAGCCGAGUGUGCGCACGGCACCGCCGCGGUAG